AUGUCGAGACAAAUACCAAGUAUGCGCCUUAGAGAGCGAGAAGAAGAAGAUGAAUCAUCAAAUACUAAAAAUAAUGAACCAAAUCAAAAAUAUUCAUUAGAAUUUAUUAAUAAUUCAGAUAAUAAAGAUGAAAAACAUUCACUUAACUACAUAAUGACUUCUAAUAAUACUUUAUCUACUCCUUCUCCACCUCUUUCAACUUCUAAUUCACGUUCAAAUUUUGGUCCAAUAUUUUUAUAUCCACCACAUGAUUUACUUAAUAUCUUGGAAAAAGAAAAUUUUACAGAAAUAAGAUAUUCACGAAUCCUUGAAGAAGGAUGGAAAAUAUGGAAUGCAUUUCUGUUGGAACAUCCAAAUUUUGAAAUGAAUGAAUUACAAACAAAUUAUUUGAAUUAUUUAUUUGCAUCACUAAUAUUGGAUAGAUUAUAUUUGGGAAGUUCAAGAGCAGGAACCGAUGUAGAAUGGUUAAAAAAUCAUAAAAUUUCUCACAUUCUUAUCGUCGCUGAUAAUAUUUUCCCAUUAUAUCCCGAGAAUUAUAAAUAUAAAACGAUAUCAAUUAACGAUCAUAGAACAGAAAAUAUUGCACAAUAUUUUGAUAUAACUUCAGAUUUCAUACAUUUAGCUUUAGAACAGGAGAAUGGAACAAUUUUAGUACAUUGUCAACUAGGGAUUUCUCGGAGUUCUAGUAUUGUAAUAGCGUAUUUAAUGAAAUAUCAAAAAAUGUCUUUUGAAGAUGCAUAUAAAUUUGUGACAUCAAAAAGGCCGGCGAUCAGACCGAAUGUUGGAUUCAGAAAACAAUUAAUUGAAUAUGAAGCCCUAUUAACGAAAAACGAAGAAGACGACAAGAUGGAUGUUGAUUAA